AUGUAUUGUUAUUUCAGGCCAGCACCAAAGUUUGAUAAUCCGAACUUCGUGAGAGACAGAUUUAAAGUCAUGAAAAAGCCACAGCUGCCUGAGGAUUUUUUCAACCGGACUCGUAAGCCGUUCAACCCCGUUUGGAUGGAUUACUGUGACCCUUACCAUUGCAACGACAAUCACAAGACAGCAUGUGGGCUGAACAGGAACAACAUGAAGUUCAAGUGGUUCCAGAGCGCAUGCCACAUUAUUUUAAACAACAUGUGCGCGAAUUAUCGAGGACAUCUGAAAUACGAUUAUGUCGACACAAAAUUCUGCAUCAAAUACGUGAUGUUCCUAAGAACCGACUGCGAGCCAUGCUUCGAUGACGUGGAGAGCCCAGUCUGUGGUGUGAGUACCAGGGACUACCACGCAGUGAUAUUCAAGAACAAGUGCGCACUGAAGACAGCUAACUGCGAACCAGGCACGUUGCAUGAAUACAAGGAACUUGAACUGAAUUAUUGCACUAUUCUCCAGCUCUUCCAACUGGCACCUGACCAAUUCUUCCCUCCGCAGAAGAAGCGUCUGCGAUCAGUUAUUUCGUUCGUUCGGUCUCGGUCCAAGAAAUAA